UUCGUUCAAGCAUGAGCAGAUAAGAACACUAGUUUAUCGUGUUCGUUGCGCACUAUCGUGACUUCUUUACUUCAUUUUCUUAAUAACGUAGUCUACUCCGCUUGCUUUAAAGUGAGACGACGCGUGUGCGUGCACUCUGUGCAGUUUUAAAAUGUACUUUGUAAUAAUAGCCGCUAUUGCGGUUCUAGUGUUGACUAUUAAAAUAUAUCAGAAACUUACACAUGCAAGUUGCCGGUCGAGCGCUCACAUGGUCGGCAAGGUAGUGAUUGUGACGGGCGGGAACAGCGGUAUAGGAUUAGAGACGGCGAAAAACUUGGCAGAGAGAGGGGCGCGAGUGAUCCUCGCGUGUCGAAACGCUCGCCGUGCGGCGGCUGCCAAGGAAGAAAUCAUCAAAUUCUCCGGGAAUACCGACGUGCACUACGUACCAUUAGAUUUGUCAUCCUUCCGCUCUAUAAAGGAAUUCAGUGACCACAUACAGAACACGGAGAAACGUAUCGACGUCCUGAUCAACAAUGCGGGCGCCGGGGGACUCGGCAACUACAAGACCGAAGACGGUCUCCACGUCGGCAUGCAAGUCAAUUACUUUGGACCUUUUCUCUUGACCUGCCUGUUACUACCGAAGCUGAAAGCCUCAGCGCCGAGUCGAAUCAUAAACCUAUCCUCGGUUAUACACAAGUACGGCUUAAUGGAUUUCGAUAAUCUUAACAUGGAAAAAUACUGGAGUGAUUACUUAGUGUAUGCGAAUAGUAAAUUGUAUAUUAAUUUGAUGACGCUGGAGUUAAGUGAGAGACUGCGGGACACCGACGUGACCGUGAACGCCGUGCACCCGGGUAUCGCGGCUACUAAUAUAUUUAGGAAUAUACCGAUUGCGAUAGCGCGUACUGUGGUCGAGAAGGGAAUAGGGUUCAUGUUCCAGAGUCCGGUGGAAGCGUCACAAACCGUCAUUCACUUGGCGGUGUCGCCCGAGGUGAACGGGGUCAGCGGGCGCUAUUUCAGUAACUGCCAACCGAAACAACCGUCUAAGAUUUCACAGGAUCUAGAUAUUGCGAAGAAACUUUGGACACAUUCCACACGAUUAGUCAAAUAUUCUGAGACAGACUGAUUCAAUUGGUGUUGCGAGUUUAUUAUUAAUAUAGGAACUAUGUUGUUUAAAGAGUAGAGCUAUUCGGACUCUAAAAUUAUCAUGACAAUAAGUAGAAAAUUAUUAGUAAUAACUAACUAAUAACCAUCAGGAAUAAAGUGAAACUGAAUACAUGAAUAGCGCUUCCAUAUCAUUUAUUAUUUAUUUAGUAUCCAAUAAACGCUCAUAAGGUUGAACGCCCUUGGAAGUUAGUUGUGAUAAGUAUUAAUAUACUUAAUACGAAAUAAACUUAAUUUGAUAAAUAUAUACGUAAAUAAUUAAGUACUUAAGUUAAAAAAUGCUAUUGGAGGAAAUUUACAAAACUUGUUUUAUGAAAAUAAACAUUGUUUUGUAGCAACUAAUAGUGUUGUUUUUAGUGUAGAAACGUAAUUGUUAGUAAAUGGUAAGAGGUCAAAUCGAGGAGCGAGGUAUACCGGGUGUGGCCUGUAACAUGAGCAAAUAAUUAAAACAUAGAUUGUACUCCUCAAACGGUGACACUUUUGUUCUACAACUUUUAAAAAUUAUGAAGGAACUAUUUUGACUCUCUAUUUUUCAUACAAAAUAAAUAUUAUCUUCAAUGGACGCCAUUGCCACGCCAUAUCAUUGUGAUUGACGUUGCUUGUCUUGUUACGCCUUAAACAUAACAAAAUUCGCAAUACAUUGCGUCUUAGAAUAAUAAAGUUUAUUGUGUAUUAAAAAUCAAACCACAAGUUAUUUUUAAAAGUCGCUGAACAAAUGUUGGUCAGUAUGAGGAGUACAGCCUACAGUUUAAUUUUUUGCUCAUAUUACAGGCCACACCCGGUAUGUGAAAGGUCUUGUUUUAUCAUCUUAUGGCUUAGUUUUAGAAAUAGAAAUGUCAGUGGGUGCUUCUUAUUCUAAAAUGUAGGCAAAAUAUUUUACAAGACACGUAAUGUUGUACACAUUGACGUAUUGUUUAAGUAACUACUGACAUAUUAGUUUUAUUAUGUACCUGCUUGUACAAGGUCAUGGUUCCUACUACUACUACACAAUACAUGAUGCCUACGUAAAUGAUAUUUUAUAAUGCAUGUAUAGUUCUCUUCAAAAACAUUGCUCGUGGUUCAGCAUCUGAAAGUUUAAAUAAGUUUUUAAUUUCGAGGUCAUGUAGGUAUGUGUAGUUACCUAACUAGGUAUUCGUAAGUAUGAAAAUUAAGGAAAAAGAUCAAAAUAGUUUAUACAUUGCAAUCAAUCUUAAAUGUAAUUGCUAGUAUGUUACUUCGAACCUACCAUUAUAUUCACUUAACAAAGCUCACUUCUGACAACCCCACCUACUUGGCAACCAAAACGUACCAGGACCCUUCAGGGUUUAGCUCACUUGCGUCUUUACGAUUCGCGGAGAAAAUAGCAAGUGUUCCGGAUUUGUCGAGGCUGUCAGCAGGCAUUUUGAGUGUUGUUUUAGCUUUGCCUAACUCUACCAAACGAAUUAACGAUCAAGUGCAUUAUUGCUCGAUGUUAAGGUUCAUUUUUGUUAAUCACGCUGGCGGGAGAUACGCGGUUGGGAAAGUGAGUAGUGGUAUUCGCAGGAAUUUCGCAGCGAGUUUUAUCGCAAAAUCAUGUAGUGCUGUCGGAUGUACAUACCCGAUGCCUGCCUAUUGCGGUGGCAGAUUGACGGACGCGUCAUACUACAUUUUGUGAUGUGACGCGUCCGAUAUAACGAUUUUACCAAUAUUUCUUAUACUUUUUUUUAGCUUAUAUCGAAACACACGAAUUAAAAUUCUAGAUUAACUAACUCAUAAUUUUAUUUAAUUAUAACUAGUCGUAUAGUAUAGUAAGUAAUAUUUCUAAAAUUGUUUACGGUACCUACAGUCUUACCUAUACUGUGCCCUACCUAUACUAAGUACCUAUACCAAUACUGUACUAUACUAAAAGUAAGAGUUCUAGAGAGUACUACUUAUAUAAGAAUGCUAUAUAAUAUUUAUUUAUUAUUUAGUAAGUCGCCUACAGUUUAUUUCGACCAAUAAGUCACUCAAGUUCGACCAAUAAGUCACUUUGAAGCAAGAAUGAUUUACAAAUAGGGAUCCUCUUUCAUUUCAAGACACGUCUAAACUUUACUUAUUACUUGUUUAAAACCUGGGUUGUAGUGUUAUUAAUUACUCCAUAUAAAGCUUUGCAGGAAAAAAUACCGUUAGUCAUCAAAAUGAAAUACCUACCCUAACAGACGCCUAAACGUUCUUGUGGCAAUUUCAAAUUAGCUCAGUCUAUAAGGCACGUUGGCUGUAGUGUGCUUUUGUAGAAAAAUAACCUGACCCAUUUAUGUCACGUUUGCGUGCCUUGGCCUCUAUAUCCGGUCACACAAAAGGUAACACGGUAAAUUAUUUAAUACCCCGCUUUCUGAAUAUGACAUCGUUUAUGUUUUAGUUCGUAUUUUACAAGAUUUUAUUAAACUCUGGAUAUUUUACGGAGCAUAUUUAUUUAAAAAUCAAUUUGAGUAAAUACUGGAGUGUACAUAAGCUCAAGUUUCGCGAAUUUCUGCGAGCGAAAAAUUCUGGUAUUUUAUAAGAGAAUUUUAAAAAUACGUUAUGUUUCAGUAAGUACAAUAUAAGUCUCUGUAACAUUAUUAUUUUAAUGAUUUUUAGGUUAUUCUUAUUGUAAUCGAACGAUUUAGUCACUUUAGACAUAAUUGUUAUAAUAGUGCAAACGUUUAAUAAGUAGUGUUAAUUAUUAGAAAACUAUUGUUAAGUUUAUUGUAAUUAUGUCGUAUGAUGUCACUUGCCGUUAGUGUUGUCAGAAUUAAAUAAUUCAGAUGACAUUAAAUAUUAUUUUCAUUUUAUAAAACUUGUAUUUUAAAUAAUUAGUAGUGUGAUUGAUAUUUCAAGUGACAUCAUUCAAUCAUUCAUUCAAACCAGUUAUUCAUUCUGUAAAGUUAUAUAAGCAGCGGUCACUUAGGAUUACUCGCUUUUGCUGUUCACUUGUCGAAGAAUAAACAACUAGUCGUA